AUGCCGAGCGAGGUCGGCCGCUUCUCCGGCUGGAACAGCUCGACAUACGCGGCGGAGUUCUUGAGCGCGUUCGGCGGCCGCACAGAGUACCCGGCCAAGGCGCUCUGCGCCUUGGGCGACGCCAUCGAGCGGGCGGGCUCGCUCGAGACGGCCGCCGUGGCGAGCGCGCUCCGCAGCACGUCGCUCGUCGAGUUCUUCACCAGCAGCAUCUCCUUCAACGCCGACGGGCAGAUGGAGGGGAUGGACUUCCCUGUCGUGCAGUACCCGCCCGGCGCGGCGUCGCUCGGGCUACGCUACGAGGUUGUCUUCGACGCAAAGGAGCAGGAGAACGUCUCCUUCCCCACGCCGCGGUGGAAGCUGCGCAAGUGCGCCAACGAGGGCAACUGCACUGCUGGCAACGGAACCUGCCGAGCCGACGGCCGCUGCUCCUGUCUGCCGGGGCGGAGCGGCGACUUGUGCGAGGCGGUCGAAGAAUCGUCUGCGUGGGAUCGUGUCAAGGUCAAAGUCAUCGCGGCGCUGGCGUCCGGGCUGAUUGCGUUCUGCCUCUGCGCCUGCUUGGUCUACGUGCGGUUGCGGCGGCGGCGGAGGCACCUCAAGGGCAUCAUCAGGCCGACAGCGGAGCGCAUGCCGGGCGCUGCUCGAGCGCGGGUCAUCUCUGCUAUGGGGCUGCCGGAUGGGCGGUACCACGUCUUCCUCUCCCACGUGUGGUCGAGCGGGCAGGACCAGGCAAAGGCGCUCAAGGGGCAGCUGCAGCGGUACGUGCAAAACAUCUCGCCCUUCCUUGAUGUCGACAACUUGGACGACACCGCGCGGCUGGAGGAGCACAUUGGCAACUCGGAGGCCGUGAUCGUGCUGCUGACGGGCUCGACCGCCGUCGCCGACGGCGCACCCGCCUCCGACUACAUGCGCUCCCUCCCGCCGCUGAUUCUGCUGCUGGAGACGGACCCGUCGCACGGCGGAGUGCCGCUCGACGUCCACCGUGCCGAGUGCCCCGACGAGCUGCGCGAGCAUGUCUUCGCGGCGCCGCUGGUGACGUGGCACCGGCUGCGCCCCUUCCAGAUGUGCUCGAUGAAGCUGCUGAUCGUCGAGCUGCUUCGCGCGUGGAAGGCGGCCGGCGCAGACCAGCCCAUCUUCCUCCCGGGCGACCUCCUCCGCUCGCCGCCGCCGCCGCUCGCGACCAAGAGGAGCCUUCACGUCUACUUCUCGCGGGACAACGCCGGCGCGGCUGCGGUGGCGGCUGGGAUCGCCGAGGCCAGUGGCCAGCAGCUGCGCAGCACGGACGACCCGGCCCAGGCGCGUGCGGCGUGCGCCUUUCUGCUGUACCUGAACGGCGCCACCUUUGCGGCGGGGGAGCGGGCGGAGGCGCUCGGCCGCGAGGUGCAUGAGGCGUUGGAGGGCGACCGGCCGUUCGUGUUGGUCCACGAGCGGCGCGACGGCGAUGCGGGCGCCGCCACCUUCGACGACAUCAUCGCGGCGACGCCCGCCGCGCUGCGUGAGGCGGGCAUCUACCGCCCGAUCGCGACCCCGCUGCACGGCGGCCCGCAUGCCGACGUGUCGUACCGCCUGAUCCUCGAAAGGAUCGACGCAGCGUGCGGCUCAGGCGGAGGAGGAGUCGGCGGGAUCCUCAGCGACGCGCUCAACCUGACCGAGAAGCUGACAGGGCUCGAUCUCGACGACGACGGCCACGUCGGCUCUGAGCAGUCGGCGAGGGAGGCUAAAGGAGCUAAGUCUACGAUCACUGUCGCCAAGUGA